UAUUAUACACCGUCUGGCAACGCAUCAUUCUCCAUCGUCGCGUUUUUCCAGGCCUGGGCUAAGGUUAAAAACUAGCCUCCUAGAAUUGACAUUAAAAUAUAGCGGAUACGGUCAAGAAGCUAACUUUUCAAGAUGGGGAGGAGGUCGAUAAAUACCACUAAAAGUGGUAAAUUUAUGAACCCCACUGACCAAGCUCGAAAAGAAGCAAGAAAGAGAGAACUAAAGAAGAACAAGAAACAGAGAAUGAUGGUGCGUGCGCACGUUUUGAAGAUGAAAGAUCCCAUACAGAUCAUCCAGGACAUGGAGGAGUUGGAUGAGCUUGAAUUAAAUCCUGAAACAUGUAGCCAUCUUGGAGAGAAAGUUAUCAAAGACAAACGCAAAAAGUUGAAGGAGACACUGGACAGAGUACUGAAACUCUAUCAAAAAGAAGAUCCUGACAGAUAUGCAGACUAUAAACGAGCUGAGAUGGACUACGACAAGAAACGCCAACAGCACGCUAAAUACUAUGAAUCCAUUCGUGAAACACAGCAAGUAAAUGUGGAUUCCAUUCCUCUGCCCGAUGCUCCGGAAAUCCCUUCUAUGAUACCGCUCCCAAAGGAUAUUCCUCUACCUGGUGCAAUGCCGCCAUCAAUCCUGAAGAAGACAUCUGCUUAUGAGCAAAGUGCGUCGUCAAGGCGUGUACCUGGACCGCCACCUGGUUUACCUCCUGGAUUGCCACCUGGUAAACGACCUCCAGGCCCUCCACCUGGAUUACCGCCGUGGGUUCUUGAGAAAGCAGGUGUCUCUGAUGAUGCUGAUGAUAAUGAGGGCAAUAGUGAUAUUGACGAUGAACAGCCAUAUCAUCCAGAGGAAGAUGUGGAGGACAUGAUGAUUGGUGAACAUCCCGAUGCUGAAAAUAGUGAAGGUGAUGAAAACGAAAUGGAUGAGGAUGGAGAUGAGGAGCAUGACAUACAAGAAGACGACGAAGAUCAAGGUAAGCGAUCCGUACGUUUUGCUGAUGAGGAUAAUAAGAGCGAGCAGUUGAGAAUACCGAAAGGAAUGACAGCGUUACAGGCUAAAAUGUUAAAGCUUGCUGGACAAUUGAGGGACCCACUACCACAUGAUGAUGUGGAGGACAAUAUGAGUGAUGAUGAAGGCAACAAUGAACAAGGUUUACAGGAGAGAGAUGAAAAUAACUUUGAAGACAAACAAGAGAGUAAGGAUACAUCGGAAAUAUCACAACCGAAGUCAGGACCACCUACAAGUUUACCGCCAGGCCAGGCUUCUAGGUUCCUACCACCUGGUGCACCACCAAAUCCUCCUCAAGGACCGCCUCCUCGUCCCCCACCAGGUUUCCCACCUGGAAUGGGAAUGCCGAAUUUCAACCGACCUCCCCCGCUUAGAACCCUUCCUCCAGGGAUGUUGCCACCUGGUCCACCACCAGGUCGCCCGCCUGCGCCACCACCAGGCCCUCCUCCGGGUAUGCCUCCUCUCAUGCGCAGUGCAAUGCCAAGGAUUCCUCCCCCAUCAAAUUUACGACCGCCACGUGGGUUACCUCCUCCGCCGGGAACAAGGCCGGUAGUACCACCUGUCCCGCAGGUGUCGGAGAACCCCAAUGUACUGAGUGCGCCUCCUAGUAUUCAUAAAUUGCCUACAAGACAGGAAAUGUUAGAAAAGAUGCCUAUUCAGUCUGCGACUAUUGAAGCGAAGCCGCAAUUGAGAAACCUUCAAGCUGAUGUAACACGGUUCAUGCCAACAUCUCUCAGAGUUAAAAGAGAUGCUAAGGCGAAAUCAAAGACUAGCAAAUCGGGUCCUGAACGUAAUGAAAUUGUUGUUGCUCCAGCUCCUAAGCCAACCGUUUCAACAGCAACAAAGGAUGAUGCUUAUGAACAGUUCAUGAGGGAAAUGGAAAACUUUCUUUGAAUUGCUGUCCACCACAGAGAGUUUCUUUCAACAUUAUAUGAAGUUGUCUGCCAGAGUAAGCUCUCUGCAUGCAGCAGUAUUUGUGGGGAACAUUUUAAAGUUAAUGAUCAACAGAACUGCAGCACCAAUACAGCAAUUGAGGAGGCUGUUUAGCAGUUGAUGUGAGUUUGAUAUGCAUCAAAACUCUAACCCUACACCUUCUAGGCCUAGAAUCACAAAUCAAGCCCUAGAACUGCUAGACCUACAAUAGGAUCUAAACUCCCCCUGACCCAAGAUCACAAUUCAAGCUUUAGAAAUGCUAUGCCUAGGGUUAUAAUGCCAACCUUAGAACUGCUAGGUUAUGGUAAAAAUUCUAGCUUUGGAACUACUUCUAAAUCAGCAUCACAAGUAUAGGUUUCAAGAAGUUAGAUUGUUAUGACAAUGUUAUACUGUAACACCUUAUUGAAUUGUUAUAGGCUAAACAUAAACAAAAACAGUGAAGUCAAUAAAUAUUUAAAGGGAUGCCUGUCGUUCAUUGUCCUUAGUGGACAAUAGGAAGGACAAUGCUUGUUUACCCCUGUGAUUCAACUUCUUUGUCACAGAUUUCAAUAGGACUUCAAGGUUACAAUCAAUAAACAGAACCAAUGAAGUCAAUAUUAACUGUUUUAACACUCAUUAUUUUAAGUUGCUUUAUCCUCACCUUCAAGAUAUACUGUUUGUUUUGAGCUAAACAAAAUUCAACAAUGUUAAAUACUAGUACUUUGUAUAAUACUGCAUAUUAGGCCAAAUAAAAUUAAUUUCUAGUUACACGUCCCCACCCUCAUCAAAUUUUGGAACCUCAUGGAAAAAUUUACUAUUUGCUAUCUAAAAAAAAAACAUUCAUUUUUCCAUGGACAAUAAAAAUAAUGACUAUCUGAAAGAAUGAUGUCAAGCCUAUGAAGAGGUGGGAAUAUAAAUGGCAGAAAUACAUUACAAAGAUUCAUUUGACUUCCUUUAUAAAAAAAAUAUUACUGUAUUACUAUUUACCAGCCUGUUUACCACUAGUACAUAGGAUAGUAAAAACAGAUAGUAAAUACCAUUUCCUAAAAUAAUUUCAAAUCCCAGACGUGAAACCAACAAUUAAUUUUAUUUGGCCUUAAGCUAGGCACUCACUGCGCCGGCAGUCGUUGGCGGACAUGAGCCCUACGAUAUGGUGCAACGGAUCGUUUUUAAUGACAGUCCGUUUAGAAUGCCACCGAUAAUCAGCAAACGGCGUGACACUGUCUAGUGCUCUCAUCAGGGAGCGGAGUAGGAUUUGUUGGAUGGCAGUCUUGUGACCGUCACCAUACAAUACAAUGAGUGGCCGGCUCAAGUUAUUAGCUUUGAUAUUCUUUGCAAUUAAAUUGGAGCUGGUAGUCAAUUUAAGGAUUUUUAUUGUAAUAAAUACACAGUUUUUCAGUCUAUAUCAUUGGAAGUUCUUAUAUAUUUAAAUGAUCACAAUUUUUAAUUGAUUUUUUUUUAAAUAUAUUUUAUGACGUACAGUAUACAGUACUUUGAAUAUUACAUCUACAAAACAUUAAUAAUGUUGAAGCUUAUUUAUAUGCUACCUAAUGUAGAAAUAAUUACCUUGAGGUUACAACAAAGUCAAUACAGUAAUACUAGAUAAAAAUGCAAAUAUAAAUCUUAAGACAUCUUAUCCAUUGACAGUAUAUAAGUACGGAUAUUUCACAACAGGCAGUAUUAUUGCUUUUUUUAGUAACUUCAGCUACAUCAAAAGCCUCUAAUAGAUGUGUGUACUGCCAACAAGACAGUGACCCCCCCCCCCCCACCUCAAGUAAUAAAAGAUGGGACAAUCAUUCAUAUUUAAACAGUGUGCCGACAUGAUAUUUGGGUAUGAUUGGAAAUCAUGAUCAAACGAUAUCAUUUUAGUGUUAUAAUAAUAAAUUUUAUCGAGUUUAAACCAAUAACAAUCGAUUUUGACUUGUGCAGUCAUUCGUUGUGUUAUCUACUUUAUUUUAUAAAGAGUAUUUGAGAUAAUCUCAGUUUUUAUGAGACAUCGUGUGAACACCGCCCUCUGUUGCUAGCCCUGCCAGGAUCACACAUCCUUAACAUGACGAAAAUUUUCAUAAGCCAUCAGCUGGUUCGUGAUUAGAUAUUUAUAUAUCGAUAAAUGUACUGUGUGUUAUUAAUUAUAUUUAAAAAAAAUCAUUAAGUUGUUCGAACAAUUUAAUGUUGUAUUGAUUGUUAAAUGGAUUGUAUAAUUUAGAGCAAUAAAGAAAGUGGGUUUAAUGACUUGGUAGACGAA